AUGUUGGACUUAUUCAAGAACAUCAUUUCGAGAAAGGCCAAGAAACCAAGGGGGAAGUUUCAGAAUUCCACCCCACUUUCCCCAAGUACAUCGAAAGAGUCCAAUUCCGGGUCUUUAUCAAGUACACAAUCGAAUACUAGUCUCGGCAUGUCGGAUGAUGACACAGGUGUCCUCAAUGAUAAAGACAUGCCGAUCCAUGAAACUUCCAUUGAAUUGCUCUUGGAGAUCCAUCCCGAACUUAACAAAUAUUACAAAGAACUCCACCCGAGGUACUUGUUGUCGGACGUUAUUGGAGAAGGGGCUUUCUCUCAAGUGUACAAGGCCUACGACACCAAGGAGAAGCGAUAUCUAGCAAUUAAGAUCAUCAAUAAGACCGGCAUGAAACCAGCACAAAUCAAUUCCACGUUAAAGGAGAUUGCCAUAAUGAGACAAUUGGAUCACAAAAAUAUAGUCAAAUUGUACAAUUAUCAAAAUUCGUCAAAUUCAAAAUAUUGUUUCUUGUUUAUGGAAUUUGUAUCUGGGGGGGAGAUAUUUAACCAAAUCAUCAAAUAUACCUAUUUCUCAGAAGAAUUGUCUCGUCAUGUGAUUCGCCAGGUUGCCUUUGCUGUUAAAUAUCUCCAUGAUAAUGGUAUAGUUCAUCGUGAUAUCAAGCCCGAAAAUAUUCUGUUUGAGCCUUCCGUUUAUAGGCAAAGAUCGAAAAAGGAACAGUUGAGGGCAAGAAGAGUUUCGGAUGAUAACAACAAGAUCGAUGAAGGUGAAUUUUCAAUCAAAACCGGUGCUGGUGGUAUUGGCCUCAUCAAAUUGGCUGACUUUGGAUUAUCAACUGUACUACCCAAUGCCAGCGCUUUAGCGAAAACACCGUGUGGUACUGUUGGUUAUACUUCUCCAGAACAACAUAUGAAUGUGGGUUAUGAUAAAAAGGUCGAUAUGUGGGCCCUAGGUUGUGUUUUAUACACAAUGGUUGUGGGAUUCCCCCCAUUCUAUUCGAACGAUCAAAACACCAAUGAUAUAACAGAAAAAGUUAUGAAUGGUAGGUACGAAUUCUUGAAACCUUGGUUUGAUGAGGUCUCUGACGGCUGUAAAAACUUGAUUUCCAACUUACUGACUGUGGAUCCAGAAAAAAGAUAUUCAAUUGAACAAAUGAUUAACGAUCCCUGGUUUAAUAUUGGUUACGAUGAUGUUCCAAUUGGUGGAAAGGUGUCAACACCAGCUGCCGAUGCACCACAAUCCACCUAUAAUAAUGAAUUGUAUCAGAAGUUUAGUGAAUCUUUGAUCAACACAAACAACGUUGAUGACUAUUUUUCGGGUAAUCAGACUUCUAAUUCAAAAGAUGGUAAUGGGUUGUUAACGCCGAGAGUCCCGCUGUUGACUCCUAGAGCUGAAGCCAUUAAACUAGUCUUUGAUACCGCAAAGAGGGUGACGCCAAUGUCGAGAUCGGUUUCACCUUCAAGGAGUGAUGGUGAAAAAUCUCUCUCGAGUUUAGAUUCUUAUAUGAAUAAAAUGCGUGAAGACAUGUUACUAACUUCAAUCACUGAUAACAAGGUCAUUACCAAUAGGCUAGAAGAAGAAGACGAUGAGGACGAUGGCGAUGAUGAUGAUAAUGAUGACGAUGAUGAUGAGGACGUAUCUUUAGAUUCAAGUAACGAUGAUAAUGAUGAUACUGAAGAAUACCCAGUCACACUAACUUCUCUUACAAAAAUACGGUCCCCAGCAUUAAAAAAGUCCAACCAUGUAGGUUUGGCAUCUCCGACUCCUUUAUCUCCAGCUGCAUCUCACGCCACUGCAGAAACAUUGACGACACAUACCAGUGUAACUAGACAACCAUCGAUGAAAUCGUUUAAAUCCAUUCUCAAUGGUGAUCAUGGCACGUCAUCAGCAACUGCUGCUGAGAAAGCCAGCGAGUACUCAAGACCAAGGAAAACUUCUAUCUCGUUCUCGAUCAACGAACAUUCAAGACGCAGUGGAUCCAUUACAUCAAGCUCAUCGCACUUGUCACAUACAAGUAGUGAUUUAGGUGGAUCGGCAGAUUUCAUCAAUGCGCACCCUUUAGUCGUUAAUGAAAUCGAAGAAGAAGAUACCGAAGAUGAAACAACUGACGGAAACACCAUGAACUUAUCAACUCCACACAAUAAUAAACUAAAACAUGAAGAAUUCAGAGCGAAGUGCAUGGCACACACGCCGUAUGUCCCACACGAUGAAGGCGAAGACAAACAUGUGUUGGAAGAUACCUCCAGUGUCAGCGAAGGAUCAAGACGUUCAACACCACCCAACGAGUUGAUCAAUAGACUUGCACCACAAAUUUCAUUAGAACAAAAAUUGCAGGAACAUUCGGUUGUGAAUUUGCAAAUGGACACUUCUACAAUUUUAGCACGUCGGAAACAGAAGAUUGAGAGUUGA